AUGACCGAGGAGAUUUCAUCCUCUCCCACCAUCUUGAACUCCACUGACCAAACUUCCCGUCUUCCAUCACUUCCACUUCCAACCCCUCCUCCCACUUCAGCUAGUCCCCGUUCUCUAGUGCCACAGCAGCCACAGCAGAUGACGCCCAGCUCGACGCCGCUGCUGAAGCCGCGGACGCCCAAGCCGGGCGCCCCCGGCAGCCAGCCAAAGAUGACCGACGAGGAGAUUCUGGAGCGGCUGCGCGCCAUUGUCACCAUUGGCGACCCGAAGCGCAAGUUCAGCCGCAUGAAGGAGAUUGGAAGGGGGGCCAGUGGCGUCGUUUACACCGCCAUCGAAAUUAGCACCGGCAUCGAGGUGGCCAUCAAGCAGAUGAACCUGGGGCAGCAGCCCAAGAAGGAGCUGAUUGUCAACGAGAUUCUGGUGAUGCGCGAGAAUAAGCACCCCAACGUGGUCAACUACCUCGACUCCUAUCUGGUCAAUGAGGAGCUGUGGGUGGUGAUGGAGUACCUCCCCGGGGGCUCCCUCACCGACGUCGUCACCGAGACCUGCAUGGACGAGGGCCAGAUUGCCGCCGUCUGUCGGGAGGUGCUGCAGGCGCUGGAGUUCCUCCACUACAACCACGUCAUCCACCGGGACAUCAAGUCGGACAACAUUCUUCUCGGCCUCGAUGGCAGCGUCAAGCUAACUGACUUUGGCUUCUGCGCCCAGAUCAGCCCCGAGCAGAACAAGCGGACGACGAUGGUGGGCACCCCCUACUGGAUGGCCCCCGAGGUGGUCACCCGCAAGCAGUACGGGCCCAAGGUGGACAUCUGGUCGCUGGGCAUCAUGGCCAUUGAGAUGAUUGAGGGCGAGCCGCCCUAUCUCAAUGAAAAUCCGCUUAGGGCGCUCUACCUGAUUGCCACCAAUGGCAAGCCGGAGAUCAAGGACAAGGAGAAGCUGUCGCCGGAGUUUAACGACUUUCUCGACAAGUGCCUCGAGUGUGACGUCGACCGCCGGUGGUCCGCCUCGGAGCUGCUCAAGCACCGCUUCCUCAAGACCUCCCGACCGCUGUCCACGCUAAAUCCGCUCAUUCUGGCGGCGCGCGAGUCGGCGGCCCGUGCUCACUGA